AUGGCGAGCAAGCGACAUAGCCGGUUCGCAACCAUCGGUGGCCAAGGCCACAAGCAACUCAUUCCCUUCGGACCCGCCCUUCUCGAGUUUAUGCGUUCACGCCAGGGCGACGAGCACUAUGUCCGCGUCUUUCACAUGAUGACAUGGGUCAAGAAGAACCAUCAUGCGUGGCUGGUGGAGUACCUGUCGACCAAGAAGAACGAAGUGUCGGGUUCCAGUCCUUCCGGUGCUUGCUCCUUCGCUUCGCAGAACGCCAUUGCUUUCACCACCGAACGCCAUGCGCCAUCAAGCUGA